AUGGCCACCCCAAAAAGGGAUUUCCUUCAAGGGAUGGAUCUCGAUCUUUUUAUCGUGAACCACCUGGAUAGGCUGCGGCGGAUGCGCAAUAUUAAAGCCAAUCUGCAAAAGAGAUCUAGGGCAGACUACUCUAUAGACUAUGUUAAAAGGCAACUCGAGAUUCUCGAGAGAGAGUGGGAUGAGGCCCAGACCCGACAUGCACGAUUACUUGCAUCGGUAUCCUUGGAGGAGCGGAAGAACGAAGAAUACUUCAAUUCCGAAUUCAUGGAUGACUUUGAACGAAUAUACCACGAGACUAACGGGUAUAUUUAUGGACAGCUGAGGAUCCUGGAGAAAAUGGAACAACAGGAGGAAAGAGCAGCGUCAAACAGCUCUGCUUACUCUUCUGCUGAUAACCAAGCCUCCGUUCGGUUACCGAGACUGGACCUCCCGCAUUUUAGCGGUAAUCAUCCUGAAUGGCCAUCCUGCAGUGAUCUCUCAGCGGUCAUUAACAAUCGCACAUUAUCGGAUGCCCAACGGUUGCAGUAUUUGAAGGCUGCAUUGGAAGGCGACGCUUUACGUACCGUCUCCCCGUUGGAAUUGACGAACGAGAAUUUCUCGCUCGCCUGGGGAACGCUAGAGCAGCGUUACAAUAUCCCGAGACUGAUUCAGUCUUCGUGGUUUGAAAAGGUGUUAAACCUCAAACCCAUUAAGCACGAUAAUGUGGGAAGUAUCACGCAAGUAACCGUGGGCUUGCAACAAGCCUUAAAUGCACUUCCAAAACUGGGCGUUUCGGUUACUGAUUGGGGCCCACUCAUGGUUUAUUAUGUGUCCAGCCAGUUCGACAAAGAAUUGAUGCUGGAGUGGGAACAGACUUUCGACGAUGCUCGAAGGUUCCCCGAAUUCCGACAGAUGAUGAGCUUCCUACAGAAAAAAGUCAGUGCAAUUCUUGCCAGACCGGCUUCCUCGAAAUACGAGAAUAGGAAAGUCAGAUCCCAUGCAACAGCAGUUGAUACAGGGGCACAGGAAUCAUCAUUAAAAUGCUCUUUAUGCAUGAUGCAGCACCGAUUAUCGGACUGCAAGGAAUUCAUGCAACGUGAUACGAAAAGGCGAUAUUAUUGGGUAAAGGCAACUUACGGUUGUCUACGAUGCCUGUCUGCGGAUCAUACGCAAAACUCCUGCACGAGCAAGGAAAGGUGUGACUCGUGUGGCGAGCCACAUCAUACGCUCUUGCAUUUUGAGAGCAAGACGCAGGCAGCAUCAGGCGGACGAAACCCGCGUCGUCGCGAUACACGACGAG